AUGAAAGAUCUUUCAAGUAGGUCAGAAAACCGGUCUGAACGAUUGCUGAACCAGUACACACGUGGCUUUGGCCACCCAACACUGGUUAAAGCCCUGUCAAAAGUAUAUGGAAAAGUCUAUGACCGUCAGCUCGACCCGUUUAAAGAGAUCCUGGCUACAGUAGGUGGAUAUGGAUCUUUGUUCAGCACUAUGCAGGCUCUGGUUGAGGAGGGAGAUGAGGUUAUUAUUAUAGAACCCUUUUUUGACUGCUAUGUUCCUAUGGUGAAAAUGGCAGGGGGGAAACCUGUUUUAAUACCUUUGCGAUUGAAGUCGUCACCAACAGCAACCAGUGUAAGCAGUGCUGACUGGGUUCUGAACCAGGAAGAACUUGCUAGUAAAUUCAACUCCAAGACCAAGGCUAUCAUAAUCAACACUCCUAAUAACCCUAUUGGAAAAAUAUUCAGUAGGAGUGAGUUGCAAGCUAUUGCCGAUCUCUGCAUCAAACAUGACACCCUGUGCUUCAGUGAUGAGGUAUAUGAAUGGCUCGUAUAUAAAGGCCAUGAGCAUGUAAAGAUAGCAACCCUCCCUGGAAUGUGGGACAGAACCAUCACUAUCGGCAGUGCAGGGAAAACAUUCAGCGUCACUGGAUGGAAGCUGGGCUGGUCAAUCGGGCCUGAACACUUGAUCAAACACCUCCAGACUGUUAUGCAGAACAGUCUCUAUACAUGUCCGACCCCAUUACAGGAGGCUGUUGGCCAGGGUCUUCUUCGGGACUUUGAGCUGAUGGGUAAACCCGACUGCUACUUUACCUCUCUAGCACUAGAGCUGGAAGGGAAAAGAGACCGCAUGGCAGCCAUGUUGAGACAGACUGGCAUGACUCCAGUGGUCCCGGAGGGAGGAUACUUCAUGAUAGUGGAUGUCACAGCACUCAAUCAGGACUUGUCACAUAUGGGGGAUGAUGAACCAUAUGACUACAAGUUUGUAAAAUGGAUGAUAAAAGAGAAGAAACUGGCUUCGAUUCCUGUAACAGCUUUUGUGGGGGAAGAUUCAGUAAAGCAGUUUGAGAAAUACAUUCGUUUGUGCUUUAUCAAGCAAGAAAGCACCUUGGAUGCAGCAGAGGCCAUUCUGAAGAGCUGGAAC